AUGCAGCUUCCUGCUUGGAGGGCCAAAUUACUAUCCGCGAUUGACUCCUUGCUCUUUCGCAACAUAUUUGGUACCAACGAGAUACGUAGCAUAUUCGAUGACAAAGCCUACAUUCGAAGAUGCAUCGAUGUAGAAGCCGCUCUUGCUCGAGCGCAGAGCGAGAUUGGUGCUAUCCCGGCGCAUGUGGGCAGCCGGAUUACAGAAGCUUGCGAAACCAUCGACCCAGACUACCAACGCCUCUCUAACGAGACGGAGAUCGUUGGCUACCCAAUCUUGCCCUUGGUGCGCCAACUUUCCCAUGCCUGUGGCGAGGAGUUUGGUAAGUGGGUGCACUGGGGCGCCACAACCCAGGACAUACAGGACACAGCGACCAUGCUGCAGAUGCGGGAUGGUCUUGCGGUCGUGGAGCAGAUGUUGAAGGAAGUAGCUCAAAGUUUGGCGAGGUUGGCAAUGGUGCAUAGAGAUACACCGAUGGCUGGUAGAACUCAUCUGCAGCAUGCUCUCCCCGUGACUUUUGGCUACAAGUGCGCAGUCUAUUUGUCCGGCUUCCAGCGUCAUCUCGAGCGACUGCAGCAACUCAAGCCACGAUGCUUGCUUGUCCAGUUCGGUGGUGCCGCUGGUACACUCGCGUCUCUUGGCGCAGGGGAGGAAGGCUUGCGAGUACGAGAGGCACUUGCUCGGCAGCUCGAUCUAUACAAUCCUGUCAUUACCUGGCAUACGGCACGCGACGGCGUUGCGGAGAUCAUCAACUUCCUCGCUCUGGUUGGAGGCACACUUGGCAAGCUCGCGACAGACUUCGUCGUCAUGUCUUCGAACGAGUUCGGCGAGAUCAGUGAACCUUUCGUGCCUCAUCGUGGUGCCAGCUCAACUAUGCCGCAGAAGCGCAAUCCAAUAUCCAGCGAGGUGAUUUUGGCAGCCUCUAAGAUCCUACGAGCAAACGCUAGCCUGUGUUUGGAUGCCAUGAUCACCGACUUUGAACGAGCAAGCGGACCGUGGCAUCUCGAAUGGAUGGCAGUGCCGGAGAGCUUCGUUGUCGUCGUUGGUGCGUUGUGUCAAGCGAAAUUCGCUGUGUCAGGGCUGGUCGUGAACGUGGAUCAAAUGCAACGCAAUCUGCAAUCGACUCGUGGACUCAUCGUUGCUGAAGCUGUUAUGAUGGAGCUGGCUCUCCAUGUAGGAAGACAGAAAGCACACGAUAUCGUGUACGAAGCGUGUAAGCAGACAAUCGAUGCAGGCGAUCAGGCGACACUUUUCGACCAGUUGGCGUCGGAAGACAUUGUUAGUAUGGCAAUAAAUCCCACGAGGUUGAUGGAGUUGUGCGAGCCGAGCAAUUAUCUUGGUGCUGCUGGUUGCAUGGUCGACGCUGUCGUCAAAAGGGAGUGA